AUGUCUGCAGACGCCAAAGAGAUGGACUACUCGCACCAUGAAGGCGAUGUUCCCAAAAGCCAGCAUAAUGAAUCCCAUGAAACGCUUCGUCGUGUAUAUAACACAUGGACAGCUAGCGCGUAUCAGGUUCUGAUGAUGGCAAGCUGGACCUGCAACGUCGUUCUUUAUUCAACUGUGUUUGACGUAGGCGGUCCGAUGAUGCUGAUAUACUCGACAAUCAUCGUUACUUUUGGACAAUGUCUGAUGAUGAGUUCAUUGGCCGAGCUGUGCUCCGUAUGGCCAUACGCAGGUGGUCAGCAAGCUUUUACCAAAUACCUGGCACCCAAAAGCAUCCGACGUUUCCUGUCAUACUUGGUUGGAUGGGUUGUUCUCCUUGGAGAAAUCGCCACGGCAGCUGGCUGCGCCAUGAACAGUGCACAGAUCACUGCGGCCAUCAUCGAACUGCACCAUCCCGGCUUUCACGCAGCGAGCUGGAAUACGUACCUCAUCUACAUGGCCCUGACUAUCCUUUCCCUUGCCUUUUGUUUCUCUCAGAGACACCUCCCCGCCAUUGCUGUCCUCGGAGGCGUCAUCACCCUGGGCGGUGGUCUCGCAUGGGCUGUCUCGUUCCUCGCACUGGCUCCCAAACAAACGGCCCGCUUCGUCUUCACCGAGUUCGUCAACAAUUCCGGAUACCACGUCUCUGCGUGGGUAGGUGUAAUGAGCUUCUACACGCCUAUCUAUGCGCUGUAUGGAACAGACGGUAUUUUGCAUAUUGCUGAAGAGAUGCGAGAUGCCCCGAAAAGCGCACCGCGGGCCAUGGUUUAUUCUAUGGUCUUUAGUGGCAUCACUUCCUUGAUGGGCGCUCUCGUCAUGGCUUUCUGCAGUGGAAACUGGGAGGCGUACAUGGAGUCUGACUUUCCCUUCUUGAACUGGUUUGUCGAUGUUCUGGACAGUUCUGCAGGGGGUAGUGCGCUCGUCAUUGUAGUCAUAGUCCUACUCAAUUUCCUCAUCACCGUCGGCAUCAACACAGCUGGAUCCCGGUUAGCAUGGGGCAUGGCAGGUGAUCAUGCUUUGCCCUUGUCCAAUUUCUUUGCCAAGGUCAAUCAAUCGGUUCACACUCCACUCAACGCACUACUGUUCAUCAUCACCGCGGAGCUGACAAUUGGUCUUGUACUUUUCGGGAGUGAUUAUGCUUUUCAAAUCAUCGUCAGCUUGGGAGGAGUCGCCAUUCAGUUCGGUUAUCUGAUCCCGAUCUUGAUGCUCCUUAUUCGGGGCCGCAGUGCGCUCCCCACCGACCGUCAAUUCAAGCUUAAUUCAUUUGGCUAUAUUGUUAAUGUUGCUGCUGUUUGCUGGUCAUCGCUUGUCAUCAUCAUAUUGUUUUUCCCCCUUUACGUGCCAAUUACGGCCAAUAACCUUGUUGACAUGAAUUGGGCUGUUGUGAUCUUUGCGGGUUUGGUAGUCUUCAUCAUUGUUGACUGGAUGUUCAGAGGCCGGCACCAUUAUGUUAUCUCAGAUGAAUAA